UUGAUUAAACCGUGAGCCCUCCGAGGUUUUGCAGCCCGGAGCUGGGCUGUUAUAUGAGAUAGUCAGGAAGUUAUUUGCAUCAGCUGGAUAAAAGCCCACUGCGGCAGCCACCAGCCCGAGGAAUAACAUUAGUUCCAGCUUCACAAUGAGUUGUUUACUGGCCUUGACUGCCUGUGGGAACAGCCAAGGAGAGCAGAGGAAAAGGGGAGACAAACACAAUGCGAGCGAGACGCGUUAGGUGGGAGGCUGGGCUUUGAAAGCACACGCAGGAUUGCAAACCUAUGGAACUGCAGAGGGCUGAAAAGGAGAGAAAAAAACCACCGGCUGCUGCACAGCAUAAACAGGCUGAGGCAAAGGAGCCGCCCGCUGCCACGGGAUCCGCUUCCCGAGCCGAAGGACCCAUAUUAAAGGAUGAAAGGAUUCGUGAUGUGGUAGCAAGGUGUCAAGUAACCUCCCUGGAAUGCGUUUCUUCAGUAAGAAGAAAGAUCACUGCCUUAUUAUAUGGAUGUCACUGAAAUAGACUUUGAAGUUCUUCGGAAGCACAUCACAAACUUGGCAUGGGAAACCACAGCAACAAUCAUACCUGUUUGACAGAUGAUUCCUUUAAGUACAACUUGUACGGAGCCGUGUACAGCGUGGUCUUCAUCCUUGGUUUGAUUACUAACUGUGCCUCCCUCUUUGUCUUCUGCUUUCGGAUGAAGAUGCGUAGCGAAACAGCCAUUUUCAUGACAAACCUGGCUGUUUCAGAUCUGCUUUUUGUGUUCACUUUGCCUUUUAAAAUAUUUUAUAAUUUCAACAGGCACUGGCCUUUUGGGGACAGCCUGUGCAAGAUCUCAGGUACAGCAUUUCUCACUAACAUCUACGGGAGCAUGCUGUUCCUCACCUGCAUUAGUGUCGACCGUUUCCUUGCUAUUGUCUAUCCAUUCCGAUCUCGCACCAUUAGGACCAGGAGAAAUUCCGCCAUCGUCUGUGCUGGUGUUUGGAUACUGGUCCUCAGCGGUGGGAUUUCAGCUUCGUUGUUCUCUACAACCAACGUUUCAAACACCAGCACAACCUGUUUUGAAGGUUUUUCCAAGCGCAUCUGGAAAACCUAUUUGUCCAAGAUCACUAUAUUUAUUGAAGUGGUAGGAUUCAUAAUACCUUUGCUACUCAACCUUACGUGCUCUUCUUUAGUUCUCAGGACUCUCCGGAAACCUGCCACCUUGUCUCAGAUUGGGACAAACAAAGAGAAAGUACUGAAAAUGAUCAUUGUGCACGUGGCCAUUUUCGUGGUGUGCUUUGUGCCUUACAAUUCCAUACUCUUCCUGUAUGCUCUCGUGCGGUCCCAAACGAUAGCAAAUUGCUCCUUGGAGAGGUUUGCAAGGACAAUGUACCCAAUCACAUUGUGCAUUGCUACAAUGAACUGCUGCUUUGACCCGUUCAUCUACUACUUUACAUCAGAAUCCUUCCAGAAGUCUUUCAACAUAAAAACCCAGAUAAAAAUGGACUCUCUUUUCAAGACUGAGACACCUCUAACAAAGACUGCGCUACCAGCACCGCAGGAUGAAAUAAGUGACCAGGCUAUGACAAAUGGAGGAGACCCAACAUCCGAAUCGCAUUUCUAAUGAGAUGUUUAUUCAUGGAGCUAUCCAUUAGCUUUUAAUUAACAUCACGUGUGUAAUAGUGGUUUGGAAUAUGUGGGUUCACACUCGGUGUUAAUGAAGAAAAGUUGCUGGGGAGAUAGCUGCAGAGGUAGAUAAACCCUUAUACUGGAUGGUCCCAUCCGAUGCAACAGGUGAACAGGAAAUAUAAAAAUCCUGAUGGAUUUCCCUUUGGAGAUCAUGGAUGGGUGAAAAAUUAUGUUCCAACUAAGGAGGGAACAGAACACCUACUUUAAUAAUCAGAAGGUGCCAACAUUUGGCAUUUUUUUCUCCCAGCAGUUGACAUGGGACCAGUUGGGAAAUAGAAAAUCUGAUUUUCUUAGAGAUACCUGUCAAUAUUUCACACCUUCUGGAGAUGCAUCAUCAUAUGUUAACUCAAUAAUUUCACACAAUAUGUAUGUUUACUUAAAAAGGCAUAAUAAAAGCUUUUGGCUUUUCCUCAUUUCCCUGCAAAAGCUUGGUUUCACUAGGCACAGGCAUGCUGAAUUAUUGCAUGUUUGAAGUGUAAAUAAUUGUUUUGAAAGGAUGCAAAACAGUUGCUUUCUGAUAGAAAAGAAAGAAUAAUAAGAGAAAUUAAUAAUUAAUAAUGCAGUUUUGAAAUAAGUUCCAUCUUUGUCAGAUUAAGAUGUCUUUUAAUUUAUUUUAAAUGCCGCCUCUACAGAGAGGUCAAGAGCACAUUACUGCUCCGCUGCACUUGGGGUUUUAUGUCCCAGGAGAUGCUAUGUGAUUAUUUCUGGUAAGGGCCGGACUCUAAAGUCAGCUGAAAGAAAAGGCCUCAAACCCCAGAGCUGUCACGGGGUCAAAUCUCUUGUGUGGAAAUCAUGAGCAGCUGAAGAAUCACCGAGUGCUCACCUCUCCAGAGCUGUUUGCAUACAGCCGGCUGGGGUCAGCCUCCAACUCACGGAAGAUCUUG